CACACAUACACUAGAGAGACUCAGCUUCCAAACCCGAAGCACAACUCUCCGGAUCAGAAACCUGCGCGCGCGACACUCCCCACAGCAGAAGAGCGCGAGUCGAGCGCGCGCGCGAAUAAACGGCUGAGACGAGCGCGGGAAUAUUCCUGACUGGAAAUAACGAACUUAUUUUUUUCCACCUAAGCGCAAAAUGUUCUCUUCAGAAGGGAGAAAGUUUUCGUUUAAUUGCCCGAAUACGAAUUUAUUAGCCAUAUUUGACGGAUCCAGCGCCUCGCUCCCACUCCGCACGCCGGAGAUCCCGACGAACACUCGCCCGAGAAGAAGCUUCGCCGCGCCUGCUUUGUGUUCAAACUCUGAGCUUUCAUCAGGAUAAAUGAGCUUCUGGGACGUCCAUCUAAUGAAGAACCAAUAGGAGCACGGCAAAUGCUGGAUGAUUAAUUGAGCGCCAUCAUGAUUGCCACUGGGGGUCUUCUGCGAAUAUCUGCCCGGCGACAGGACUCCCUCCGCGCGAAGAACCGCGCCGAAAACAAGCGCAAGAGGAAAGCAAAGAAAAAGAGGAAGAACGAAGUGGUUGUGGUUAAAGGAAAGCUCAAGCUGUGUUCCAUAUCCGGACUGGUCGCUGCCAUUGGGAUUCUGGUGCUACUGGUUGGCGUCGCAAUGGCUGUGAUGGGAUACUGGCCCAAACCCAAUCCGCCGUAUCUGGGAUUGAUGAACACAUCGAGCGCUCAGAGGACGUACGAGAGCCGAGAGUUGGUCAAUGUGACCGUCAGAUGGGAUCUACUAGAUAAAGUCUUCAGGAGCUAUAAUGGAUCCAAUGGGACGGCGGAGGUGCAUUCGGCUAAGCUUGGCGCGUUUGCUACGUUUAUUAAGAGAUAUUUGUAUUCCGACAAGCUGAAGGUGUUCGGACCUUUAAUCAUGGGCAUCGGGAUCUUCCUGUUCAUUUGUGCGAAUGCAGUACUUCACGAAAACAGAGACAAAAAGACCAAAAUCAUUAAUCUAAGGGACAUCUACUCAACGGUGAUUGACAUUCAUAGUUUGCGGAGCAAGGAGUCCGGGCCGCUGAACGGUUUCGUGAACUACUGCCAAUCGAAAGAGAACAAAUCCCCGAAUAAAGUCUCCUGGCCUUCUCCGGGCUCCGGUCGACACGACGCGAGUAGCACGAACCCAUCCCGACGUCUGUCGACCACAGUCCCACGAGUUUCUUCUUUGGACAAACAGAGCUUUACGGACACGGUCUACAGUAUCUAUCAAGAUCAGAAACGAAGCCCACCUGAGCUCAAACAAUGGGAAACCAGAACAAUCGUAUCAACUUCCGUCAAUGCGUUCACCCUGCCAAUGAUGAAGCUCAACAACCGAGGAGCGUCCGAAAGAAGGGGUUCGGAUAAAACGGGAGAAGCCAAGAGAGAGUUUUUGGACGCCGAGGCCAUUUGUAGACGUUUGGAGGAUCUGGUUGCGUCUAGGACCAUCACAAAGGCCAAAGUGGAACCGGCUCAAAGUCACCCAGAGCUUGCGCAGGACUCGGUGGAGGUUUAUAGGAGUAUCGGAAGUUUGCAAGGAGCUCCUCGAGUUUCUUUGCAGGGAUCGCAGGUUCAGUUGCUUCCGCCGUGUUCUCCGGGCCGCAAAACCACAGGAUCUCACCUGUCUUUAAGCGCUUUAUCGGACUACUCCAGGUCUAUUGAUCUGGAUAUCUCUUGUAUUCCUACAGAGCGGCAGGUGCGAUCGAGGCGUCUCAGUUGCCCUCGACUGGAUGGUCUCGGUGGCGGGGGCUACACCAAACUCGAGGGUCUUGGCGGCGAGUCCUUCGAGUCCACGGACAAUGCCAUGUUUAGUCAUGGGAGCUCUGUUGAGAUUUUGGAAAAGGACCACAAUCAGACGGACCAAGAGGAGAGCGGCGUGGUCAGACAAUACUCAAAGAAACAAAAACUCAUAAUGGUUUCUCAAUCGGACACUACUUUAGAGGAUGUGGAAAUGGACAGUGUAGAAAUUUAACUCGGGGAUUCGCUAUUGAGCCUCUUGGUUGAGAGGAAGCUAAUGGUACGGUCACAUUGGGGAAGUUUGUUUAGAGAAUUUUCACAAUUUCAAUGGGAAUUGACGGGGUUGGGAAUUUCCCCACUUGGAUUUCACAUUGGUUGAGUCGAGGACCAUCUCAAAGGCAAAAGUGCAACUCUCAUAAAGGCUUAUUAUAUUUCUACAGGUAAAUUGUAUUUAAAAUGCACUCCAUUUGAUGGUCCUCGGAAAGUAAUUUCAGCGAAUUUUUACAAGGGAAAUCCUGUCAUUUCAAUGGGAAUCGACUCGAUUUGGAGUUUCUCCUCAUGGAUUUUGCAUUGGUAAAGUUUAGGACCAUCACAUAGGCCACAAAUUUCUACAGUUAAAUUCUAGUUACUGUACAUUUCUACACUGUCCAUUUUGAUGGUUCCUCAGAAAGUAAUUUUCACAAGUGAAAUCCAGUCAUUUCAAUGGGAAUUCACUCGAUUUGGAUGGACUUUGCAUUGGUCAAAUUUAGGACCAUCGCAUAGGCCACAAGUUUCUACAGUUAAAUUCCAGUUACUGUACAUUUCUACUCUGUCCAUUUGGUCUUCAGACAGUAAUUUCAGCAAAGUCUGCUUGGCAAAAAAGCUUCAUCCUCCAUUACUUUUGUAGUGAUGUAUGAAGAACAGCUCACACAAGAAACUCCUUUAAACCAAGCAGAUUUCUGAUGGUCAGAUCGUUGCGAAAUAUUUCGCCCUCGCGUGGAUUCCUUAUGAAAUGGCUGGAUUUCCACUUGCCCAAAUUCGCUAAACAACGCUAAAUGCUACCGCACCUUAAAAGUAAUUUCAGCGACAUUACGAGCAGUGAUGGUAUUCAAAAGAGAGCAAACGUUGCCUGAAAUGUUGUUGAUAUGUUAGACCCAAAGGUCAGUGUUUAAUACUGUUUCCUCAAGGAACUACAAGCAAAAACCAGAUGGGAAGUAAGUCUCAGACUUUCAGCAUGAUAGCACAGCUAUGCUCCACUAGAUUAAAAAAUUUCCUUUAUACUUCCAGUAGUAGAAUAUUCGUGGCUGUUUUGUUUAGCGGUGAAGUUUGGCUGUCUGAGCAGCAUGUUUUAUACUGUCGUCUACUUGCACUUUUUUUAACCACCAAAUUACUGAUUAUUUUUAGAAAUUGACUUGAUAGCAAUAUCUCAUUUGAAAUGUUCCCUGCUUGUGUGGGAAAUAUUUAUGUUUGCAUUUUUGAGAUGUUGACUUACACUUGUAUGCUCUCAGUUUUUACUUUUUUUUUUUUUUUACUUAAAUGAACUCAAACCAUGAGUCAAAUCCAGACGUUAGUUAGCAAGCACAGUGGUUCAUGUAGUUCAGUACUGUCUGAAAUGUAAUAUCCAUUACAGUAUAUUUAAGAUAUCACGAGACGCUAGAGUUUUGGGGUCAGUGAAAGAAAGAUUAAUCAUCAGUGUCUCUUUAAAGCGGCCCAAGGGAAGCAAUGCUGCGUUCCAUCCAAAACCAGAUGUUUGAAUGAGAAAAAAAAAACAAGUAACUUCUGAGGAAACAAUAGUUUAGAGUUAAAACCAAUGGUUUUAAUCUAAUUUGGUACUAGAGUGUUUGUGUGAUCUGAAACAGGUCAGUUUAACAUGCACUGACUAACAAUCACAGUGCACAUACUAUUACUUUUACCAGUUUGGAUUGGAACUUCAAGUGUUGUUCUAUUUCGAUUGGAACUGUGUUCUAUUUCGAUUGGAACCUCAAGUGUUGUUUUAUUUUUCGAUUGGAACUGUGUUCUAUUUCGAUUGGAACUUCAAGUGUUGUUCUAUUUCGAUUGGAACCUUAAGUGUUGUUCUAUUUCGAUUGGAACUGCGUUCUAUUUCGAUUGGAACUUCAAGUGUUCUAUUUCGAUUGGAACCUCAAGUGUUGUUCUAUUUCGAUUGGAACUGUGUUCUAUUUCGAUUGGAACCUCAAGUGUUGUUUUAUUUUUCGAUUGGAACUGUGUUCUAUUUCGAUUGGAACUUCAAGUGUUGUUCUAUUUCGAUUGGAACCUCAAGUGUUGUUUUAUUUCGAUCGGAACUGUGUUCUAUUUCGAUUGGAACUUCAAGUGUUGUUCUAUUUCGAUUGGAACCUCAAGUGUUGUUCUAUUUCGAUUGGAACUGUGUUCUAUUUCGAUUGGAACCUCAAAUGUUGUUUUAUUUCAAUUGGAAAUUCAAGUGUUCUAUUUUGAUUUGAACUUUCUGUGUUGUUCUAUUUCGAUUGGAUCCUCAAGUUUUGUUCCAUUUCGAUUGGAACUUCAAGUGUUGUUCUAUUUUGAUUGGAUCAAGUUUUAACUUCAAGUGUUUUGAUUGGAACUUCAUGUGCUGUUCCAUUUCGAUUGGAACUUCAAGUGUUCUAUUUCAAUUGGAUCCUCAAGUGUUGUUCCAUUUCCAUUUGGAACUUCAAGUGUUUUGAUUAGAACUUCAUGUGUUGUUUUAUUUCGAUUGGAACCUCAAGUGUUGUUCUAUUUCACCCCAGAAUUGAUUGGAACUUCAAGUGUUGUUCUAUUCCAUGAAAAUUCCAACUGUGAAUUGAACGGAACGCAGUUUGAUCCAUGAACAGCUUGCGGUGUUAAUGAACAGACGCUCGUGUGGGAGUUUGUCUUUGUUAAGGUGUUUAAAUAUAACUUUAAACUCUACUAAAGCUUCCCGGGUUAAUUCAGUCAUUUUGUCUCCAUUUGCCUUUAAUAGAACAAUCAGAUUCUGCUAAUUAAUAAACGUAUUGAAUGCAACUGAAAACAAUAGCAAGCACCAUCUCAAACUGCUAGUACUGUGUCCGACUCUGUCUAGUUAAACACACCCUUAAAAAUGAAGCUUCAGUGAUGAUCAGUUUCUAAAAGAAUUAUUAUUUUUCUCAGUGUGAAGAACAUUUAAAAAUCUAAAGACCCUUUUCCACUAUAAAGACCUUUUGUGAAAUUGAUGUCGAGCUUUAUUUGUAAGAGUGUGUUUGAUACUCCAGUAUCUCUCCAUGGUGUGUGUGUUUCUGAUAUGGUGUCAGUGAAAUCAUCCGUUUACAGAUAUGAAAUAUGUAUGAUGAGUGUCAUUGUCCUGUAAGCAGGUCACUAUUCGCACCAGACGGCCAGUGAAGAAACCAGAGGAGCAGAAGCUGUCUUCAGGGCCACGAGUGAUUCCUCCUGUGCUUCAUACAUGUCUGAAUACACUGGACAAAAUAUUAAACUCACAAUUUACAAAGA